GAACUGAUUUGCAACUGACUGAUAGCAGUCUGGAAUUGCCAGCUUCCACAAAGCAAUCACCACUCACUUCUCCACCUUGAGGGCAGCGCUCAUUCUGAUGUUCUCGCACUGCAGGGCAGAGGCCAGCUCCACACAUGGUUCCAGGAAGGUGGCUUUGUGGAUCAGAAAGUUCUGCACCCACUGCUCAUCAUCCCAUACAUGCAUAACAAUGCGAUCCCAUCGGUCAGUGCUGGUUUCCUGAGCCCAAAAGCAAUGGUCCACCAUGUGCAGCUGCUCCAACAUCAAUCGUGAAUUGUUUCUUUCCAUGGCACGCUGCAGGGCACGCACCACGGAUUCACUUUCAGAUUUGCAGCUCAUGAAAUACUGCAGGAUCAGUGGCGUGUUCAUGACACGCAUCACAAAACUAAACAGCAGUGCAGGAUCCAUGCUUUUAGGCAGAUAUGGGUUUCCAGUUUCCAAACCUGAUGUGAUAUUCCAGAUGGAACGAGGGGAAGAGCCGUGGGUCCCAGACCUUCAGGGCUCUGAGAAAGAAGCGCUCCUGAGAGCUGCCUGCACAGGGAGUGACCUAUGUCUGGAUUCUCUCUGUCUCCCAUCAGUAGAUGGUAUGAUGAGUGAGAAUGAGGAGGAUAAUCCUCAGGAGGAAGAUGCUGACCAAGUAGAACCACAUGGAACGUUAUCAGGAAGAUCCAAAGGGAAUAUUUGCAGGAAUUGGGCACACCCAGAAAAAGCAAAGAGACAGCACAGGCCAGAGGAAAAGUUCAGUAGCCAGUCAGACCCUGAUACACGUGAGAGAAUCAACUUGGAAGAGACACGCUACACAUGCCAUGAGUGUGAGAAAAGCUUCAAUCACUGGUCUGCCUUCAUAACACAUCAGAGAAUCCACACUGGAGAGCGACCCUACACCUGCCCUGAGUGUGGGAAACGCUUUAGGCAUCGCUCAACCCUUAUUAGACAUCAGCGAAUCCACACAGGAGAGACACCUUACACAUGCUCUGAGUGCGGGAAAAGCUUCAGUCACCGGUCUGCCUUCAUCACACAUCAGAGAAUCCACACGGGAGAGCGACCCUACACCUGUCCUGAGUGUGGGAAACGCUUCAGGCACAGCUCAGCCCUCAUCACACAUCAGAGAAUCCACACGGGAGAGCGGCCCUACACGUGCCUUGAGUGCGGGAAAAGCUUCAGUGAUGGCUCAGGCCUUAUCACACAUCAGAGAAUCCACACCGGUGCGACGCCCUACACGUGCCCUGAGUGCGGGAAAAGCUUCAGUCGGAGCUCAGCUGUUCUCACACAUCGGAGAAUCCACACUGGAGAGACACCUUACAUGUGCCCUGAGUGUGGGAAAAGCUUCAGUCAGAACUCAACCCUUCUUAGACAUCAGAAAAUCCACACCGGAGAGACACCCUACACGUGCCCUGAGUGCGGGAAAAGAUUCAGUCGGAGCUCAUACCUUGUCACACAUCAGAGAAUCCACACCAGAGAGACACCCUACACGUGCCCUGAGUGUGGGAAAAGCUUCAGUCAGAGGUCAAACCUUCUUAGACAUCAGAAAAUCCACGUGGGAGAGACACCCUACACUUGCCCUGAGUGUGGGAAAAGCUUCAGUCAGAGGUCAAACCUUAUUAGACAUCAGAAAAUCCACAUGGGAGAGAACUGUAAUAAAUGCCUUGACUAGGGCUGGCCAAAUAUUUUUCUUUUUAAAGUCACAUUUGCUAGUUCCCACAUAGUGAUCUCUGCACCAUGUUCAUCAUGGCCUCUCAGCUCCCCCAGAUCAGUUGUCUCCUUCUGCCUUUUGCAGCUCACCCUUCUUUGGGGUCAGUCCUGUGAUCUUUUCUAUCAACUCCUUUCCCUGUGAGUCGUAGGAGUGUGUGUCCCUCCUGCCAGGAAUAUUAACCAGCUCCAGGUGGGGGAGAGAGGUUUGAUCUGAACAAGCUACCUGGAGGCAAAAACUACCUGUGCCUUACAUCCACUAGGAUUGUACGUGGAGUUAGCUACUCAAGUUAAUGAUCUUGGUGUACAAACACAACUAAAGUUGCAGAGCAGAUGCAGUCCAGGUGCAGUGGUUGGCAUUAGCUUUUCCCUUGACCUGACCUACACGCCAUCAAUUUUUCCUAGUCUAAACAAACCCUGAGCAUCACAGUUCUACUCUUACCCCAUUUCAAAGCCAUUGUCUAUUUCCCCGUUUGGGGACAAAUUGUCUCAUUCCCAGUUCGCUCUCAUGUUGCUUCAGGUUGUGCUGGAGAGCAGAAAUCUUCUCUACCAUUUUCCCCACUUAAAAUACAUUGAACUAUAACAAAGAUCAGGAACAGGAGUGAGGAAAAAAUGUUGUUUCACCCUCUGUAACAUCAGAAGAAGAUACGAUGAGUCAGAGGGAUUCACUCCUUCUCUGUAACUAUCAUAAUCCCCCCUCAACCCAGCUUUAGUUUCUGUGUCAGCCAUAAUAGUGUUUAUUCUCCCCAAAUGCAACCUCUCUGCCUCCCAGAAUGUCAUGUGUUCGCUGCUGUCUGUGCUAGGUGUCACACUUUGAUUCUCCAUCAGUCUCACUGGGGCUGGAGGUUCACGAGUCACAGUGUUGGAGUGGAAAUAUGAAUGGAUUGUUCUGUGCUUGUAAUCCCUGUUUCUGUCUAUUGGCAUAGAUGCUUCUGACCUUUCUCCUGCUGAUCUGGGAGUUUUGUGUACAGAUGGGAAGGCUGGCUGUUUUUCCCCAUUAUGAUGCUAAAGUUCUUGUAAAUUACAUGACUUGAUAAUAAUAAGGUGGUGUUGGGUGAAGAAGGUUUAAAUGCAUCAGAGGAGAAAUCAGUGUGAGAUUCUGUUCUUAUUAAAAAGAACAGGAGGACUUGUGGCACUUUAGAGAUUAACAAAUUUAUUUGAGGAUAAGCGUUCGUGAGCUACAGCUCACUUCAUUGGAUGCAUUCAGUGGAUACAGACUAACACGGCUGCUACUCUGCAUUCUGUUCUUAUUGUGAAUCAUCAGAUAUAACCUGCUCUGGAAUUUCAUUUCAUCUGAAACCAAAAGUGUCUUAUUACUCCUGGGGGAAUUCUGCACCACUGCGCAUGUGCAGAAUUCAUGUCUGUCAUGGAAUUUUUUUUCCUGCAGAAAAUACAUUCUGCCUGACAAGUGUUGCAAUUCCAUCUUUUUCCCGUCAGAGGCUAGUGUGGCAUCAGAACAGCCAGAAGCAUGAAUGCACCCUGCUAUUCUGGCACCACAGCGUAUUUUCUUCAGGGAAAAAAUUCUGUGUGCGAGCAGUAGUGCAGAAUUCCCACAGGAGUAGAUGUUAAUCACAGCACCCUGCCCAUUAAACCAGGUUAGGACAGAAGAGUGGGGCACACACGGCUGCUGCGGGGGGUCACAGACUGGGUUCAGAAUGGCUAGUGGGAGGACAAGACAGGGGCACGGGCUCAGGAGUUAGUGGGGAGACAGCAUUGAGCCAGAGGCUAAAUGGGAGUAGGGGUGCAAGGCCACAUGGGACAGGGGAGAGGGGCUGCAGGGACACAUGGGGAUGGGGCAGGGUGCAGGGACAGGAGCAAAUGUGCCUGACUGAAUGGGAGCAGCUUGAGGUCAGUCAGGGUCAGCAUGGGGAAGGGUCUCCCUAAUAUUCCCUGCCUCUCCCCCCCAAAUACCUGUUCCAUACUUCUCCCACACACACCCAACAACCCUCCAAGUUCACUCCAGGCUCCUUCCCUUUCAGUUCCUCCAUUACCCCUGACUUCCCCCAAGCCUUUGCACUGCUUCUCAGGGGGUGGGAAAUAAGUUUCUGUGUUGUUGCUUAAAUGAAAUACUCAAAGUUCUGUAUUAAUAUGCCUAGUAAGGAACCUAUUUGUCAGAAAAAAUUACCAGAACUAUUUUUGUCUGUAUUGUUACAGACAUACUUGCUGAUAUGUAUUUUGAAAUAAAUUACACAAAUAAUUCAAA